UUGUGCGUUGCUCGACGCUGAGGCUGGUGUUACACUAAUAAUCUUCCCCCUCGGUGUAGCCGGCUGCUCUCGGACAUGGCCGCGGCGGUUUGCAGCAGGUUUCUGCUGCAGAAGUCCUCGCAGGGCUUUCUGUUCUCCUUCAGGGCAGCGCCCGCUUUCUCCAGUCCGUUUUUGUCUCGUGCGUAUCGGUUAGAGCCUGGAGAUGACGACUUUUACCAGCGCACCUCGGUGUCCAUCAUGAAGAAGGAAGCCGACAGCGGCAUCCUGAUCCACAGCUACGGCCCAGCGGGAUUCAACGUGGAUGGGAACCGCGUGUUUGGACCCUGCGCUCUUCUGCCUCCCGCCAUCCUGCAGUGGAAUGUUGGAAGUCACGCAGACAUCACAGAAGAAAGUAUUUCCCUCUUCCACAUGCUUGAGCCUCCAAUAGAGAUCCUGGUGCUGGGGACGGGCUCCAAGCUUCAGCGGAUCCACCCGUCUGUGCUGGCUCUGCUGAAGCGUAAAGGCAUUGCCGUGGAGGUGCAGGACACGCCGAAUGCCUGUGCGACCUUCAACUUCCUGACCAGUGAGAGGAGGCUGGUGGCUGCUGGUCUGAUUCCUCCGUCUCCCAGCACGGCUCUGGAGCUCAAUCCGUCCUGAGAGAUGGAAUUUGGUGUGAAGUGUCACCUUCCUCAUAUAUAUGUAUAGUUAUUUGUCUGAUAAAGUACAUUAUUCUCAGUAAAUACCUGCAAUGAAACAAGUUUUUAAUGGAUUUUUAUGCUGUUAAAUGUGUAAAUACGUUCUAGCAUGUGUGGAGGUGAAGUGUGGCGGCUGUCCUGGAUCUGAAUAAAUCCUCUUUACUCGA